AUGGCCAAGCUAACCGACCUUCCCGCCGAACUGGUCCACAGGAUCAUCGACCACCUCAUCCAGCUGCAUCGGAGCACCCCAUACGGCCAACGGCGGCACAACCCCCAGGCCGACUACGACGCGCCGCGUAGGCCGAGGCCGCAUCUGGAGGACAGGCACACCGACGGCUCGUCGAGUCUGCACAGCCCCAGAAGGUAUGCCGCCAGGCAAGCCGAUAUCGACAAGGCAGAGCUUUCCUGGCCAGAUGGUAUCCCAAACAAUCUGCUGUUGCCGCUCGCCCUCGUCAGUCGCACCUUCCGAGGAUGUGCCCAGCAGAAACUCUUCAGCAACGUGGCCCUAGUCACUCCGUGGCAGGCGUACGUGUUCAGCCAAGCCCUCACGGGGCCCUCGCCGAUGGACGAGAGCCAGGACGCGUCCGAGCAAGGCCAAUCCGGGGCCAAUCCACCCCGGCCGAGCCAUCUCGCCCACUACGUCCACUCGCUCCAGUUCCUCUUCCGCGGCACGGGCUCGAUGGGGCUCGGCGGCGGCGCGCUGAUCUGCGAGAUCGUCGAGAGCUGCCCCCACCUCGAACAUCUCGCAAUGAACUCUAGGCUCUUGAUGCGCUGCAAAGAUCCGAUCACCCGAGCCCUCGCCAGUCGCCCCCGAAUCAAAGAGCUCGUCCUUCUCGAGAACGCCAACCGCGCGCCCCUGGAGGCGGGCUGGCUGGCCGACGAACUCGUCGCCCAUCUGUUCUCCAAGUGGCACGGGCUCCAAACGCUCGAGCUCCGCCAACUCUCAGGACGCCCGCCCGAGUCCAUCGAGAGCAUCCACCAAGCACUCCCCGUCCUGGAAUGCCGUCUGCGCGAGAUCAUCCUGCUUGAGCCUGACCUAGACCAGAGGGAGCUUGCGCUCCUGCUCAACAGCUCCCGCGAAACCAUCCGCACACUCCAGAUCGUCGAGCCAAGCGCGAAACUCGACCGGCCAGGCCUAUGUCGGAUCUUGAAGGAGCACACUGGCCCAAAUCUAGAAUCACUCACGCUUACGGUCGGCGACAGCUGGCACCCAAUCAGCACUCAUCAGCGUGUCAAAGGCUCCGAUGACCCCUCCAAGACCAACGGCCUCCUCGAAAUCGUCUUCCGCUCCUCCUCCGCCCUGCGCAAGCUCAAACACUUAUCUGUUGUCGGCCGGAUCUCCAAUUCCGACCUCUUCAAGCUCUUGCCCCAGUCACUUGUGCAGCUCAACUGGGAUGGUUUCCUUGGGCCCCUGGCAUUCACCGAUGCGCUUUCAAGCUGGAGAGUGGUGGACGAUGUCCAGUAUCCCCCUCGGCCAUGCUCUCCGCCGUCUGGCCCCACCUUUGACGACGAGGGACGAGAACGAUGGCUGCCAAACUUGGAAUGUUCCUCGGUCGUUAAUGACAACAAAUGGCUGUGGGAAGACCGGAUGGCAAUCGAGGACGCCAUGAAAGCGGCUCACGGAGUUGACUUCAUCGAAUCUUCCAAUUCCUUGCGGCACGGAGACCAUAAUACACCACAAGACCUGACGUGA